AUGAUAGAACAAGGAUUAGAUGAUAAUGUCUCCGAAAAUGAUGACGAAGAAAGUUUCUUUCAAGACGUGGACAUCUUACAAAAACAUGGCAUCAAUGUAGCAGACAUAAAAAAAUUGAAAGCAGCUGGAAUAUGUACCAUAAAAGGUAUUCAAAUGUCCACUAAGAAGAAAUUAAAUAACAUAAAAGGUUUUUCAGAAACCAAAGUGGAAAAAAUAAAAGAAGCUUGUCAGAAAGUGGCAUCGUUAGGAUUCAUGACUGCCCUAGAAGUCAGCGAUCGCCGCAAACAGGUGUUCAAAAUUAGCACCGGAAGUAGCGAAUUAGAUCGUCUGCUCGCAGGUGGUAUUGAAUCAAUGGCAAUAACUGAAGUUUUCGGCGAGUUUCGCACUGGAAAAACCCAACUUUCCCACACAUUGUGUGUGACCACACAAAUACCCACCUCAAACGGUUAUCAUGGAGGGAAAGUCAUGUUCCUUGACACUGAGCACACUUUCCGGCCGGACAGACUUCGACCUAUAGCGGACAGGUUUAAUUUGGAUCAAAAUGCUAUGUUGGAUAAUGUCCUAUACGCACGAGCUUACACCUCAGAACAUCAGGCUGAACUGCUUGACUAUGUAGCUGCCAAGUUUCAUGAAGACGCAGGAGUGUUUAAGUUACUCAUCAUAGAUUCCAUAAUGGCGUUGUUUAGAGUGGACUUCUCGGGACGGGGAGAAUUGGCGGAUCGACAGCAGAAGUUGGCACAAGUGCUAUCGAGAUUGCAGAAAAUUUCCGAAGAAUACAACGUGGCGGUUUUCAUCACUAAUCAAAUGACCGCCGACCCCGGCGCCACGUUGACAUUUCAAGCCGAUCCUAAAAAGCCGAUCGGGGGUAAUAUACUCGCACACGCUUCCACUACCAGGAUAUCCCUUAGAAAAGGAAGGGGAGAGAACAGAAUAGCAAAGAUAUACGACUCUCCUGACCUGCCAGAAAGCGAAGCAACUUUUGCUAUAACCAACGGAGGUGUAGCCGAUUCGAAGGAUUAA